AUGUACCUGAGCAAGGAGAAGAAGGAGCAUGAGGAGGAGGGGAAACGAGCUGUGGGAGCAAAAAACCCAUCGAGUCAAAGGAAUAGGAAGUAUGGAAGAAAUGCAAAACAUCCCGCAUCAGUAUAUAACAACAGAUAUAUUAAUAAAUUUCAUAAACGAAAUAAUGACCUCCGGACAAAAAAGGGAAAUCAUGGGAUGAUGAGCUUUGGUAAUUUAUCCCUAAAUAGUACCCAUCAACAUAUGAAGGCAGAAAAUAUAAAAAACAACCAAGUGUAUUUUAAUAAAAAUAACAUCACUAGAGGUAGCAAGGAAAAUACAAGAACUACAGUGUAUAAAAAAAAUUACUUUGGUCAUGACAAUAUUAAUUAUAACACUUUUAUAAAUUCACAAACAUCCGUCUGUUCAUUUCAUAUAGAAAAAACAGAAGAGGAUAUAAAAAAUCAACACAAAUUUAACGAAACUGUGUAUAGAAGUAAUGACACAAAUGUUGUUACAGAAGUGAGCAACUCUCCCUUCCCUUCUUUUGUUGAAGAAGUCAAUUUUACAAAUCAUCUAGUUCAGUUAUCUGCCAUUCUUAUCCUUUCCAAUAAUGAUAAAAUUUUUAACAAUUUAGAAUUUGAGGGAAAGACUAAUCCCUCUCCUAACGAUUGUAAUUUGUGCAUAUACGUUAAUGUAAUAAAUAAGUCCACCCCUCAAUAUUAUAAGCAACUUUAUCCUGUGUCCUAUAAUUUUAAAAAUCGGCUUCUCUUUGCUACGCCAAGUAGCUCCUCCGUUGUCGAUUCAUCUCUCCUCGUGGACAAAAUAAUUAUCAAGGGCAAUUUCAAAACCCUCUCUCUCAUCGUUCUAGGCCAACCGGAGGAAAUAACCGAAGCGUUAAUAUCCUACCGAGAAAACCUCCUCGACGGAAACCUCAGGAGCAAGAUCGGCGAAGAUACACUCGACGUUGAAAAUAUAGACCUGGAGAAGGACGACUUCUAUGUCCCCAGGAGACCAGUCGAUAUCAGGACGUAUAACAUUAACACGCUCAUUGAUGAGAAGCUCAUUUCGAAUCAGCCCAGUGAGGGAAAUUAUUUUGAAAAAAUUGAUUGGCCCCUCGGGGGUGCCCAGGAUGAAGGGGUCGGAAGAAGCAAACUUGGUGGAAUUGGUCAAAUGGGCCAAACUGGAGAAGCGCGCUACCCACAGCAUCUCCUACAACUGAACCACCUGUGUGACCUCCUAGAGGAACAGUUCCUAAAAAAUAAUGCGCAUCAGAUUGGAAACUCAAAUUGUGAUGAUGCCGUGAAAAGCGAAGAAAAUGAAACAAGUCAUAAUAAUCCCCUAGAGGGGAAGCAAACAAGUGGAGAAAACAUCGAAUCACAACAAGAAAAACAAACAGAAGAACACAACAGUGAUGUGCAUGACAUGAGUGGAGAGGAAAGUGAAACAACUUCCUCCAAAAAAGACACCAUGCCAUCCUUCAUACCACCCGAUAAUGAACUCAUAAUAAAGAUACUAAACGAGUUUACUGAAAUGUACAAAAUAAAAAAACACAUUUCCAAGGAUAAUUCUAUAACCUGUAGGAAAAUUAUUAAAUAUGGAAUGAUGUGGAUGUUCUACAUUUUAAAUCAAAUAAAAAAAGAUCAAAACAACUUCCUUUUGAACUAUGCAAAGUACACCGAAAUUAAGACCUACGAUAUAUUAGGCUGUUUGUUAUUACUUAGGAGAUGUGCACUGUAUUCCGAACUAGCCAAAGACCUAAUUCAUAUGAAUUUUAAUGCGCAUAUGAUUUAUAUGGACACCCAACGUCCCCAUGUCCUGAUCAAUUUAGUUGACAUGCUCAGUGUUAAUAAUGUUUACUUCUUUUCCUCCUGGAAAAUUAAGACCUCCAUUUUGAAAUCGCUCAUCGCGCUGAUAUCAGAUGCCUACGUCAUGAGCCACUUUUGCAGCUAUAUGGACGAGAAUGGAGAAACCCCGUACCAGAAAUUGCUCAAGCUGUCCGAAAGCAACAAAAUGAAGAGGUACAACGUGAAGAGGCUGCUCGGAAUUAUCCUCUGCAGAGUGAAGUUGUAUGAACACAUCAGCAGCUUCGAAAGGGCCGUAAUGCACAUCGUCGCGCAGAGGAAGAGCUACGAUAAGAAGCUCUUUAACCAAUCCGUCACGUCUAAGCUAAUAUAUGAGUUGAAGAAUGUACACAAAGAAUUAUUUCAACACAGCUGUAGACCAGAGAGUAAAAACAGUUGCUACGACGAACCAUACGAAGAGGAAAUUUUUAUUUUAGAUGAAAAAAAGAAAAAAAAAAAAAAUUAUUACCUGCACAAAUUACAUCAUUAUGUCCUUUCGUAUUUAAAGCGAAAUAAAUUUUUCAUUCUUUUUCUAUACAUUUUAAAAGAAUUCGAAAUUUAUUUAAAAAGCUCCCUAUUUUUAAAUUCGUAUGACAUUGCUUUUGUAACGGCUGUGAACGACUUUCUCUUUUAUUUCCUGAACUGUUCAGGUGGAAUUAAUUUCCUACUAAAUUACAAUUUCACGAUUUUCGAGAAAUUGUACAAAAGCAUAUGUCUACUUAUAAAUAAAAAAAUGAAAGAGCUCAAUGGAAAGGUAAAUCACUUGAUGACAGGGCAAGAGGAUGGCCCAGGCACUGACCAAAUGAUCGAUUCCACCAGAAACAAAGGCGCGGACAAUCCUGAGCUUUCAAAUGUCGGGGCCAAAAUUCAACUCUUUAAAACAAAGUCAAAUGAAUCUGCAUCAAAUUCGUAUGACAGCGCGAGUGAAGCGAAAGAUGGCAGGACGGAGAAGGCCACUGAAAAUGACCCAUCCUCCUACGACUUUGAGGACCCAUAUGGCGAACGUGGUCAAGUCAGGGGGACCAAGACCCUGCCCGAGGAGGACGACACAAUCGACGAAGGGGGUGUAGGUACCAGGGGCAAUAUGGAUAACGCGUACAGCGGAGUAGGAGCAGUAGGAGGGAACCUUGCCGCAGCCAACUCCCCUUACGAAAGGGAUGACCCAAACGCAAGCGCGGAGAAUAUGAAACACAAUUUCAUAUUCAACGAGAAGAACUUCUUCUAUGACAACUCCAAGUGCAUGUACACCUACAACGAUGUGUUGAGGAACAGGGACCUUUCAGACGAUCAGUACCUCGAUGGGUUUAACUACAAAGAUAUGAAGAAUGCUAGAAAUUACUGCUCAUACAUAUUAUGCGCCUUGAAGACCUUUUUCAAGACGAACCUCCUAAUUGAACUCUUCUUCAAUUCUGGAGGUAACAUAUCCUUGGAACAUUUAAAAUUUUUUAACGUCCUAAGUUCUUAUCCCCUGCCAAAGUUAGCCCUCUUCAACAAUGAUAAUUUUUAUUACUUGUUCCUGCAUCUCAUUCAUUUGUUGUAUUACUUUAUCUACAUGGAAAAGUUAUACGAAGAAGGUCUUCUUACUGGGGACCCAACAAGUACCAAGUCCAAUUGUACGAAUCAUGGCCAAGAAGACGAAGGGAGAGAAGACCUAGACAACGACACGGAGGGAAAGCGUAAUGAGGCACAGUCAUCCCCAAUAGACACAUUAACCGAUAUGGAUAAAACAAACCCACUGAGCAACUCUCAUGUGAGCAGCAACACCAACGAAUGCAUCUUAGUCACCAUCAGAUACCUCAUUGGAAUUAUUUACAAUUUAAUUUUUUACGAUGAAUCUGGGCACUAUGUGUACCACCUGGGCUACUCCAUAUAUGUGUGCCUGGAAGAAAUGAAAAACAUUACUGGGGAGGUGAAAAUGAACAAAGACUACUCCUUUGGUAAUCUGAAUAAUAUUUUUCCAAACAAAAUUCUUCUGAAAAAUUAUCUAAGUAACGACAAACUGUUUUAUAAUAACUACUUCUACCUGUAUGACAACUUGAAGGGAUUGUACUCCGAGCUCUAUCGCUAUGAGAAGAAGAAGUUCAACGAAAUGUCCCCCGCGAGAAAGAAGGAGCUCUACGAAGGUAAGCUCCUCAACGUGCUUAGUAACACACACGAGGCCGCUAACAAACAGGAGGAAGACCUCAGCGCCCCUGCGCAAAGCCUGCUAGACCAAAUCAAGGAACGCAUAAAGAAAAAGGAAAAAAUGUACCUGGACUUACCACCCCUAAAGUCAACCUACACACCAAAUGUCACAAAAAUAAUCGAAAGCUGCAAAGUGGAAAAGGAUAACAAGUACGCACUUAGAAAAUCAAAGGAGUUAAAUAAUUACAACUGCAAGCUGCACAACGACAUUUAUAUAAACAACUCUUCGAAGAAUUGCUCUCGCCUCGGUAGUGGAAGCAGCACAAAUAACCAAUACGUAGAAUUGCUAGAAGAAUUGGAUGAUACCCCCACAGAGAGUUACCCCCCACAUAGAAAAAUAGACACUUCCACAUAUCCCUUUCUACCACUAAACUUGCUUUACUACUACAUGAAUUUGUGCCCAAAUGUAAAUUUCUUUUCCAAGUUAUAUGAUGAAAAUGGGCUUAGAGAAAAGGGCGCACUGGAGGGGGAAGACGAUGAAAAGUACAUGCUGCAACAACAAGAGGGAGAUAUUUUUUACCUUAACAGGCAAGGUGUUUUUCAUAGCGAUGAACUGCACCACAAGAAUUAUAUAUUUUUGAAAAAUGAUAAAAUUGAUGAGACGAACAAGCCUAUACGGGGCGAAACGUCCAAGGACAGGAAAAACAUAAACCGCAAUAGUGCUAAUUACAGCGAUAACAACGGCGGUGACAACAACACCCUGCUCAGUGGUUCAGGUCAGCAGGAAGACGGAGCCUUCUUAGCCAACGCCAAUUACGUAAGCAAGUACGAACAUGGAGAUUUCAAAAACAUAGGGACGAUACUCUACAGGGAAAAUAACCUCGAAUUCAUAAUAAAAUUAAUAACCAAGUGUAUCUUCUACCUAAAUGGAAACACAUUCAAAUUGGCUCUCCUCAAUUUUAACAAAAUGAGCGGAAGAGUACUCUAUAAAAUUUUGAAACAUCGACGAAAAACACUCUUCCUAGUAAAAUCAAUUCUAAACAUCCUUUUAAAUUUCUUCUACAAUUUAACAAGUAAUUCUAAUUCUAUUUCUUUAAAGUCAUAUAGAAAUAGCGAGCUGUUUUACUCUCUCCUUUUUCUGUUGAACAAGUUGCUUAGCUUUACUGACUGGUUGGGAUCCAAUAACACAUCGGAGUGCAAUCACCAUUCUUCGGUUUUCCUUCUAAGAUAUAACAUCAUUUAUUUGCUUCGCAUUUUUUACUUAUGGUUUAAUAAAACAAGUGAUAACCAGUCUUUCCUCUUUCGCUGUGUUUUGAAGUAUACAAGAAUUCUACCUUCCUUUAGUACAUCUGGCAUGCUCUUGAUUCUAACCUUUUUCGAUUUAAAAAAUAUUUUUCCAGAUUAUAUUUACUCCUUUUUCCUUGCCAAAAAUUUGAAGGGCAUUUGCUACGACGCUGACAAAGCGGGUGCAUCUUUGGAGGAGCUCGCCAAGGAGCAACAGAAUCAAAUGCAACAGAGAGGAGACCCCCAGGGCCAGGACAUGCAAAUGGAAGAUUCGGAAUGGGAGGAAGUAACCGACGUGGGAGAAUCGGAAGAGAAUUGCGAAGAUGACGACGUCGAUAAGGUGAAGCAGGAGUGCGCAGUUGAUGUGGUGGGAGAAGCGGACACAGCAGAGGGAAAUCCCAAAAGGGGAGGCAAACACACGAAAGGUAAACGUGCUGCAACCAAGGGUAGAGGUAGAAAGGGAAAGAAAAACAAAAAUGACGGACAGGGAUCGGAGGUAGCUAACCAACUUGAUGAGGAAGCCAACCCAGAAGGGGACGCACCAAAUGGUGAAACCCACCAUGAAAAGGUCCAGGACCAUAUGGCGAAUGGGGAAGAAGCCCACUCGGCAGGUCUGGAACCAAGCAGGUGCCCUCAAACAGAGGAAGAAGAAAACGAGCGCGAUGUAAACCAGGACGAAUUCUCGAGCCUUGCCAAAUAUUGCACCUCUCCGUAUGACAAAUGGGUGGUGUGCAGGAACAACCGCAAAACGUUUGAUCGUUACGCGCUUGAGCUGGAUCGCCCCUGCGAUAACUUCUUGAGCGAUGUGGAGGAAGAUAGUAAGAAGGAAGAACAGGAUGGUGGAGUGGCCAACCAAGACGGAGAACAGAAACACAACAUCGCAGAAUCCCUCCAUGAGGACAGCCUAAGUAGAGUUAGAUCGACAGCCGAUACUACCCAUCGUGAUGAAUUCAACACAGAAGGAAAUGAAAACUUAAAUGAAAACCCCCACACAAAAUUAAGCGAUGAAUUGUACAAUGAACAAAUGGGUCAGCCAAACGACGAAGAAGACAACCAAGGAGGAAAAUUAGAAAGGGUCGUUAUGUACUGCAAACUGGAUGACGCAUUUCAAGAGAAUGAAGACAAAACGUUAUACCUGUGUUGCGACAUAAAUGUGAUGAAACGAAUUUUAAAUGAACAACUCUGUGACCAAUUCCGAGUACUCAAUUUAGCGCACUCCACUGAUGAUCAUGAAGAAAUGAUACAAGGCGAUAAGAAAAACGCCCCACAGAUGUAUGCUCCUCAUAACAGGUCAUUAAUAGGAAAUUUAUCCCUCAACCUUAGCGACGUAGAAGAAGAAACUAAUAAAGAAAAUAAUAAUGAGGCGGGUUCGAAUAACCCUAACAAUUUUAACAUACUCAAUGAUGAUAGCUUGGCCAAGAAUUACAUUGGAAAUAACUCCAAAGGAAUCUCCUUCUUAUCUACACGAAAACUUGUGUGCAGAGGAGGGAAAGAACUGUCAUUACAUCCGAACAGCGGCAAACAUGUAAACGUUGGCGGAGGAGCGGGAGAUAUCUCCUCCUUUUUAUCCCCAGAAAUUAAGGACCAGAACAGUGAAGAGGAUGACCACAGCCCUCAAAACAGUUUCUCCUUCCAGAAUUUCAAAUCCGCGGGGAGAAGGAUGACCACGGACGAAGGACCCAAUAGUGAUGAUCCUGGUGCUGCCAAUGAUAACGAAUUCUAUCGCCCAAAUAGCGACAACACGGAUGAGAAAUCGAAUAAACCCCUUUGGGGAGAAGACUACUCCUCACAGCUGGGGUUGGAAGCAACAAGGAAAAAAACCACCUCCAUCCGCGUGACGUGCCCGUAUGCAAUUAGAAAUUUUGUAAACGAAAUCGAGGAAAAUUGUGCGGAACACAUCCUAAAAAGGAUCAGGAGAAAUGAGCACCUCGCAGAGCAGCAUAUCAAUCUAAGCAGGUUAAGCCAAGUGGAAAGAGAAAAAAUAUAUCUAAUAAAAAGGGAAUUGAAAAUACGAGAAUAUACCAAUUUGGAAGAUCUGUGUGAUUAUAUCAACUUCAUUGUAAGAAUAAGUAAAACGAACAACGUAAUUGGUCGCGCUUUAAGUACGUAUUGUUGUGUUCUACUUCUUAAUCACAGAAUCCCUAUCUUUUCGAUCCUCUUUAAUCACAUAUAUAGCAUUAUGAACCAGUUAAAAAAGAUAAACAUGUAUAACACGAAUAGUAACGACGACCAGACAAGCAUAUGCAUGAACAAAAUAAACUUCUACUCAUUCUAUUCCUACAACAGCACUCAACUGAGUAACAUUUUUUACACAUUCAAUAAGGAAAUAUACCUCUUGAAGGAGCUCUCCAACUUUUUUUCCUUCCUAUUGGACAUUUUCCACAUGUCUUUUUUUAACAGCUAUAAAAAUACUUACAAUAGGUUAAUAAGACUCAUUUACUUGCCAGCGAAGAAGCUUCUUGAUGUCCUAUACGACUUGAUACGUAACUUGAAUGAUGUUGUUCCACAAGAGCUCAUACGCUAUGUGGUGAAGCUGUCCGCCACGAUUUUCCGAGGAUAUACUUAUGUGCUCUUCGUGUUCUUUAACAAGCACACCAUUUUGCACAGUCAGAGAAACACCCUCCUCGCAACCUCUCCACGUGAAAGGCCAAAUGAAUACGCACCAUUGCAGCCACAGGAGUGCCUCUUCAUACAAAAGAAACGAAAACCCGCAGAUCACAUCACUUCGUGUCAAGACGAGCAAAAAGAGAAUGCCAACACAAGUACCAACGACGAAUCCUCCCUCAACCAGAAAGUAUUCCUUUCAUGCCCUAACUACGUAAAGUAUAUAAAAUUUUUUAUUCAAUAUUAUGCCGAAUUAAUAAACACGAAAAAUGUCAUCGACGAUGAAAACAAAAAAAAAGUGCUCUACAAAUAUGAUCAUUACGUGGAUCUCAAAACGGUACAUUUGUGUUUAAUAAAUAUUUAUGAAAUUGUGAAGAAUCGAGUUUUCUUUUUUUUCUCCUUCUUCAAAGUUCAGAGGGGGUUAGCCAACUUAUUCUUUAGGUACAUACACAAGUGCAAAAAUGGGAAAGAAGGAAGAGGCCCAUUCCUAUUUAGCAAGGAGUAUUCAGGGACCAAACAAAAGGGUGACGCACAAACAGCCCAGCUGCUUCCCGCAUCAACCUCUUUUGAAGAAACUGAAAUGGCCUUCAUUCACCUAUUCGACUUCUACCUAAAGCCAAACAGGCACAUAAACCUCUCCUACCUGCUCGACUUUUUCUCCUGCUUGUGCAACGUCAUCCAAGAUAUGAAUUAUAAAAUUAUUGAGCUUUAUCAAUACAUAAAUGUGAUAGAUAUAAUAAUAAGUAUAAUUUUGCGGAUUGUUGAUUACAACUUCAAUUCGCUCUUCAUUCUCCACCACUUGGUCUCCCCCGAUGCGUCACCAGUCACUCGGCACGUAAACAGGGUGAUGAGGAUGCACCGAGCCGAGCGACUUAGCCAAACAACAGGAGAAGGACACAAUUUAGCGCAGAACAAUUCGAGCAGUACCGAAUGUAAAGAUAAAAACGGAAACAAAGUAAACACUUUUGAAAAAAAAAAAAAAAAGACAAUGCUCCUACCCAAUGUGGAUGACUUCAAGAAGAACUUCCUAUCUAGCCUUCUCAACAGUUUGGAAAAUCUGCAUAGCUCGUUGAAAAAAAAACUGCAUGACCAGUCACAGCAAGUGGACCCAUUUAACGAUCCCACUGGAGACAACUUUCAAAGCGGAAAGGGAGACGACUGUGCUGAUGAGCCGGAAGGAAGCACCGACAUGAAUACGAUGAAGCUGGAUGUCAAAGCAGAACAACAGGACGAAGACGCGAAUCAAUCCGCAUAUAUGAAUAGGAACAAACCAAACGAUGCCAUAGGAACAAGUGAUGCAGAGCCCCCCUUGCACCUCCUCUCAAUAGCCGUUUUAAAUCUUAUCAGCAAAGUGAAGUCGGUAAAGGAACGUGUACUCACUUUGAAUGCAUGCUUCGUGCCUACUAUCACGUUCAAGACCUUUCUCCUUUUCGUAUGCUACGAGAUGAAUGAGUUGAAGAAUAUUUAUCGAGCCCAAACUGCGAAGAGAAGCUUCUUAGCUGUGCAGGUUCCCGGGGGAGAAGCUAACCAAAAGAGGAGACGACGCAACGGGGAAGACGAUGGGGUGGAAGCUGAAGUAGAUAACGAUAAUGAGCCCAAGGAGGAUAUUUGCAGUGUCGAGGAUGAGCGAUCUGCCAAUAAUGCGCUGAUGACAAACGACCUAGCUGUGUCUGACCCCUCCGCCACCCACACCAAGGAUUGCCCCUCCCUGUGCUACUCCAUCUUCAACGACGCAAACGUCACAAUAAAUAACCAUUUCCUGUUUAAAAAACUGAGCGACGUUUUUUACGCCCCCAACAUUCUUAACAUAGUUACCAAGUCCUUUGAGUCCCACCAACACAUAGACGACAACUACCUCAUCACAAUGAAGAACAUGAAUGCGAGCAUCUCCAUCCCAUCUGUAAAUAAAAAGUUGUAUGAUCACUGUUCACAUCUCUUUGCUGAUAUACAGUCGAACAUAUAUUUAAAUGAAAACGACCAGGACAGACACAGCUUCACCCUCUUUAAUGUAUCACAGGAAAGUAAGUCCAAAGAGAUAGACGAGCAACAUGCAUUGUACAAUUACAUAACCCUACUGAAAGAAGAAAAAAAUAAAUUGCAAAAGAAAAAAAUGGAUGCCAAAAAUGUACGGGCUACUCAAACCAAAGGGGGGAAACAGUACAAGAGGGGUGACAAAAAUACAUUUGAAGAUCAUUUUAGAAACCGAAAAACUGUCUCCUCUAGGGCCCCCUCCAAGCACGUGGAUGAUUACGAAGCUACAAAUGCCGCCAAUAAUGCAGCCACAACCGACGCCAACGGUAACCUAAACGCAAAGGAAAAGGAAAACGAAAAGGAAAACGAAAAAGACAAUGAAAACGAAAAUGAGCAAGGAGUUAGGGAAAAUAACGACAUGUCCCUUGACACUACAGUCAAAGGAGAUAUCAUAGCUGGGCCAAAAGGGGGAUCCAAAAAUGCUACCACAAAAAAUGUGCACACACAGGAUAAAAACCAAAUUAACAGAACUACCAACAGGCUCUACAAAACCAACAACACGAGCAACACCGGGGUUGACGGUAUUGUUAAUGACAUUAGCGGAAACGAUGUCGCUGCUAUGCCCAGCAACCUGAACGCGGUGAAGAAUGAUAUGUACGUUUCUUCUAAACCAGGGGAGAGGACCAACAAAAGGAACAAUCAAAAGGGUACCGGAAGAAGGCGUGCUGAUGGUUACGCAUCAGGCGGUGCUAGGGGUGAGUAUCAACAAGAGGCAAACUAUGACGCAAACCACGACCCCAACUACGAUCCAAGUUUCGAGCCAAACAUGGACCACCAUGACGACUACAACCAGUAUGACCCACGAGAUCAUCUGAACAGCCACGGCUACGACAUUGACGGAGAAGAACAAAACCCAUACGAUCCCAUGAACAAUUAUGACAAUGAAGAUAAUAUGGUAAUGAAUUCGUAUAACCGACCAGGUCAUCAUCCCAACGACCUCUACGACACGAAUCACGCCCUCCACCGUUAUAACAAUAAAAAUGAUAUACAUAUGGACGGCAUGGAAAACAACAUGGACACAAAUGACUACCAGGUAAAUUUGCACCACGAUGAAAAUUUUGACGUAGCCUAUGGAGACCAAAUUUCAAACCAUAAAGAAAGUAUAACCAGUGGUAAUGCAAACCUGAGUAGCAGCCACAUGGAUAGUAACAUCAAUCUCGAGCAGGACAACGAAAAUGGCGUGCCCAGUAAAAACUCCCAGUUUGAAGACUGCACCUGCUACAAAUUCAAUUUGGUUGGAUGGAAGGAGUUUUCAGAGGAUGGUCAUAAAAAUGAUUUAGACGUGUGCAAAAUUGUCAACAAGCCCGUUCUGCUUAGGGACCCCAGAAUUAAAAUGAAAUUUCUUAAAAUACUGGACAGACAUAAAAAUAUAAAAGAUAUAUUUAAAAAACUCGGCGUUGACAUAAAGUGA